UCGAACGUGUCUAGUGAUUGCCGGACGUUCGGCCAGUAAAGCAGCGUGAAAUUCCACCGAAAUGGCACUCAAUCGAAAUUACCUUCUCUCGUUGAUGUAUUUGGCCAUUGUGAGAGUCGCCCUAUUAAGUGCUGAGAAUAUUCCAUGCAAUCUGCGAGAGUAUCAACAUGGAUUUGUUUGUGUGUGUAACAAAACAAACUGUGACUUUCUUGAAGAAUCCGUUGAUAAUCCCAAUGAAUCCGAAUUGGUGAUUGUAUCAUCAAGUCAAGCCGGUCUUCGCUUCGAUGUUAGCAAAUUCACUUGGCCAUCAGAGUCUUCGGAAGUAAAUAUACGGGAUUAUGCAGUCAAACCUGAACCUCAAGUUCUGCUUAUGAGUGAGAAGGCACAAAAUUACAAUUGGGCGUCAAAUCUAUUUGGAAUAUUCGCCAAAAAUGAUGCAUCAGUCAGUGUGGAUUUAUCAAAGAAGUAUCAGAAAGUCGUUGGAUUUGGAGGCGCAUUCACUGGAUCCGUAGCGCACAAUUUAGACCAAAUUUCACAAGAGUUGCAGGAUUUUCUCUACAGAUCUUACUACUCUUCAGCUGGAAUUGGAUACAAUUUCAUGAGAAUCCCUAUUGGUGGUUGUGAUUUUGAUCUCGAAGCAUGGGCAUACAAUGAAGUACCACAAAAUGAUGCAAAGUUGACGAAUUUCACUGAACUUGAUGCCAGAGAUUUGCGCUUCAUCGAUAAACUAAGGCAACUGCAAAGUGCCUCUCAGAAUAGUAAUAUUAAAAUCAUGGCCAGUGCGUGGAGUCCGCCGCCAUGGAUGAAGAGCAACAACAAGUGGUCAGGAGCGAGUUCUCUCAAGAAGCAGUACUACCAAACAUGGGCUGAUUACCAUUUGCGCUACAUAGAGUUAAUGUCGAGGAAUGGAGUGGAUUUGUGGGGCAUCACGACGGGAAAUGAGCCUAUGAAUGGUGUUAUUGGGUUCCUAUUUGUGCACUUCAUGAGUCUGGGAUGGACAGCCGGAGCGCAAGGAUCCUGGGUGGCUGACCACUUGGGACCCACUGUGAAGAACAGCCCGUAUAGUGACGUCAAGAUCUUUGCCGGCGAUGAUCAGAGGUACACCUUUCCCUGGUGGUUCAACGAGAUGAAGACAUCCAGACCGAAUGUGAUGGAUUAUGUGGACGGAUUCGCUGUUCACUGGUACUGGGAUCGUUUCGUCCCAGCUGCGGUUCUGGACAGCGCAAGCGAUAAAUUUCCCGAGAAGCUGAUCAUCAACACUGAGUCCUGUAUUGGGGAUAAACCUCUACAGACUCAUGGACCAAUAUUGGGGUCUUGGGAUCGCGCUGAGGAAUACAUUUUGGCCUACAUUGAAGAUUUGCAGCACUCAGUUAACGGAUGGAUUGACUGGAAUUUGCUGCUUAAUGAAGACGGAGGACCGAAUUAUGUCAGCAAUCAUGUGGAAUCAGCGGUUAUUGUCAACAAGACAUCAGAUGAAGCAUACAAGCAACCCCUCUUCUAUGCCAUUGGACACUUCUCCAGAUUUAUUCCUGAGGGAUCAGUUCGCGUGCUCGUCACGUCAACUGAUUCCCAAGUACAUUGCGUGGGGUUUGAGAGAGCAGACUCCAAAAUUGUCGUGAUUAUGUACAAUAAGCGGAAAAACCCGGUCAAAAUGACUUUAAAUGUGCCAUCGAGGACACCAGUAAAUUUAUCAAUUCCCGCAAAAUCUAUUCAUUCAGUAAUUUUCACUAAGACACAAUGAAAAGUGUGUCGAGAAUAAGAGAAUCGUUGAGAAAAUAAACAGAGUUUAGCACGUUUGGGAGAUUAAAGAAAAUCCCAUUUU